AUGGGCUCCCCGGGGGCCCUGGCGGGCUGGGGGCUUCUGGAUUACAAAACGGAGAAGUAUGUGAUAACCAGGAACUGGCGGGUGGGCGCCCUGCAGAGGUUGCUGCAGCUCGGGGUCAUGGCCUACGUGGUGGGGUGGGCUCUCCUCACCAAAAAAGGCUACCAGGAGCGAGACCUGGACCCCCAGAUUUCCGUCAUCACCAAACUCAAAGGGGUUUCUGUGACCCAGAUCGAGGAGCUGGGUAACCGACUGUGGGAUGUGGCAGACUUCGUGAAGCCACCACAGGGAGAGAAUGUGUUCUUCUUGGUGACCAAUUUUCUUGUGACGCCAGAACAAGUUCAGGACAGAUGUCCAGAGCACCCUUCCAUCCCGCUGGCUAACUGCUGGGCUGAUGAGGACUGUCCAGAAGGGGAGACGGGGACACACAGCCACGGCAUGAAAACGGGCCAAUGUGUGGAAUUCAACGGGACCCACAGGACCUGUGAGAUCCAGGGCUGGUGCCCCGUGGAGAGCGGCACUGUGCCCAUCAGGAAGCCCCUACUGGUCCAGGCAGAGAACUUCACCCUGUUCAUCAAGAACACUGUCACCUUCAGCAAGUUCAACUUCUCCAAGUCCAAUGCCUUAGACACCUGGGACGCCACUUAUUUCAAGCGCUGUCGCUACGACUCACGCUACAGCCCUUACUGCCCUGUGUUCCGCAUUGGGGAUCUCGUGGCUGCAGCUGGAGGGGUCUUUGAGGACCUGGCAUUGCUGGGAGGUGCUGUGGGCGUCCGAGUCCACUGGGAUUGUGACCUGGAUGCUGGGGGCUCCGACUGUCGGCCCCACUAUUCCUUCCAGCUGCAGGAGAGGAGCUACAACUUCAGGACAGCCACUCACUGGUGGAAAGCCUCAGGUGUGGAGGCUCGGAGUCUGCUCAAGCUCUAUGGGAUCCGCUUCGACAUCCUUGUCACUGGGCAGGCAGGGAAGUUCGGCCUCAUCCCCACGACCAUCACUCUGGGCACCGGAGCAGCUUGGCUGGGUGUGAUCACCUUCUUCUGUGAUCUGCUGCUGUUGUAUGUGGACGAAGAAGCCCAUUUCUACUGGAGGACCAAGUAUGAGGAGGCAAAGGCUCCGAAGGUGACCACCAACCCCGAGCAGACAGAACCAGCUUCUGCACCCCCGUGCAUGGCUGCCCAGGUGUCUUAG